GCUUUUCUUGUUAGAUCUGAAUUUGACUCUUAUUUUAAUUUGUUGGUUAAAUUAUAAUGAUGGCGCUUUAUCUAUGUAACUAUGAUGAAGUAAGCUAGGUGGCAAUGUUUUAAUAUUCUUUACCUGUAUGUAUGUGUAGCUGCUAGCUGAAACAGUUGGUGCCAACCCUGUGUUCGGGACAUAUUAAACAUGACUGGAUAAAGGCUCGGAAGCUCGGACACCGACUGAAACACACCCAGCUCAAGGUAGUUCGAGCUGUCUGUGAGACCAUGGUGGACAAUCGCUACGCCACAGCUCUGGUUAUCGGCUCGGUGCUGAGUCUGCUGGCCACAGUCUACCUGUCUGUGGCUGUAGGGACUCAGCACUGGUUCCAGUUCAGCAGCCCACCCAUCAAACAGGGCGUCAACCUCACUGACCUCAAAGAGGAGUUCGUUACUGGGGACUUCGAGGAGAAAAACUACAGCAACCACCUGUUCAUGCUGAAUGGCAGUCUGGGUCUGUGGUGGAGGUGCAUCCAGGUGCCCAGCCAGUCCUACUGGUUUAGAGAGCCAGAUGAUCUUCAUGCAGUCAAUGAAAGUGAUGACAGAACACAGCUACCAGAUUGCACUCAUCAAAGUGGAUGUCCAGAUCCUAAGAUGGAGACCUUUUGUGUGAGCUUCACACUUCCUCAGCAAUUCAAAGUAAAGACCAAACAGCCUACAGAUGAAGAGGAUCUGCUGAGGACAUACCUGUGGAGGGGCCAGUUUCUCCUGCCGUUGGUGUCUCUGGCGCUGGUGUUUCUUAGCGGUCUUGUAGGGGUCUGUGCCUGCCUGUGCCGCAGCUUCACACCCACUCUGGGUAUGGGUGUGCUUCAUUUUAUUGCAGGCCUCUGCUCUCUGGGAACCGUCUGCUGUUUCCGGGCCGGCAUAGAUCUGCUCCAGCACAACUACAUUCCACCAAAGGGGGCCGACGGGUCAAUGGGGUGGUCUCUCUACCUGGCCCUCAUCUCCUUCCCUCUGCAGAUGAUGGCCGCUGCUCUGUUCCUGUGGGCAGCCAGAAGUCACCGCAAGCACUAUACCCGCAUGGCUGCGUAUAGGGUUGCAUAAAGAGAGAGGAAUAACAUACUGAAAGAUAACCAGCCGGCCUACAACCCUCCUUCCAGUAUUUUGUGGUUGUAUCGCAAUAAAAUGUUCAGGUUGUAGCUUCUCACUUCCACUGUAGCAGUCCUGUAAUGCAGACAAAGUUCAGGGUAUCACAGGUUUAACAAAGUAAGCUGCAGCUAAUCUAUUAGUAUGUAUAAAUGGAGAUUGAAUCAUUCUGUGUGGCUUUAUCUCAUCUUUGCCUUUUUGUUUUCCCCAUUACUGACUUGUAUCUCAUCUUGAUAUUGCAUGUUUUUUUAGCAUCUAGAUGUUUUAAAUUUUAUUGUGUUUAUUUAUAUUUUGCCAUCGGCCUUUUUGGUUGCCAAUGCUUCUUUAGCUGCUCACCACAUUGUCCUUAACUCGGAUACAACUGUGUUAACUUGCACUAUCGUGACUUUUUGACGUAGACUUUUAUCAAAGUCAAGGUAGCUAUUUCUGUUACAGAAAACAGUCUGAUGCCCCUUUUAUUUACCUGUUUUGUCUUGUUUUUGUAUAUUUUUUAAAUAUCAAGGCUUUGCAUGUCAUUGAAGCUGACCUUUCUAUCAUCUGUGGUAAUUCUUUAUUUUGGCCUGUGGUAAGAUGACUAAAUGUCAGGAAAUGUCACUCUCUAAAAGUGGAACCACUCACCUUCGACUGUCAUUGUUAAUAAUGGAUCUAGUAUGUAAUAA